GUUUAAUAACAACAAGAUUAUUUCUGUUUAUACGGCAUCUUAAAGAUUCAGAUAUCUGAAGGACAUGAAGGUUGAUAAUCAAAAUAGUCUAUUUGUUUAUGUUUAGUGUGGUGACCAAUAGAAAGAUCAAAAUAAAAUUAAUUUACUCAGAAAAAAAAUUAUCAAGCAGUAUGCUGUGAAAUUUCAACUAAAAAAGAUCGAAGUUGAAUUUAAUGUUGUAUAUUUUGACUGUGUAUUGCGAAAAAUCUUAAUCAUUAAUAAAUAAUGACAAAGGUUAAAGUUGUUUUUGAGUGGAAAAGGCGUGUGAAAUAUGAAUACAUGAACUUGAGGCGAAUGAAAAAGUUUAAACGAAAGGAUGAUAUAAAGCUUGCUUGGAAACAAAAUUGUCAAAAUAUAAUGGAUUUAAAGGUUGUUGAACAUGAGAGAAUUACAAAUGGAAACGCUGUCUGGUGUUCAAAACAAAAGUCACCUACACACAUUGAAACUGUGAAAGAAGCAAAUAUUCAAGACUUAGAUGAAAAUAUUCAAACUGGUUCCAUAAAAACUAUGAAUAUGGUUAUACCAAUACCAGCUAUGUAUUCAUGGGCUCCUAUACAACAAAAUUUUAUGGUUGAAGAUGAAACCGUAUUGCAUAAUAUUCCGUAUAUGGAAGAUGAAUUACUCGAAGAUGAUGAAAAAUUUAUUGAUGAAUUAAUAAAAAAUUAUGAUGGCAAAGUUCAUGGUAAAUCAGCUUUCUUAGAUGAUACACUUUUUGUAGAGCUAGUUGAUGCUUUGCGACGAUAUGAAAAUAUUCAACUAAGAAAAUCUCCAAGAAUUAAUAAAGAAAAAGUAGAACAAAAAACCGAAAUAAAAAAGGCUCAAGAAUUUAUCUCUCCAAAUGAUGUUGGUAACAAAAAAAUUUCUCGCCGAUCACCAUCAAUAAAUAUUUUUAAUGCUAUUGCAUCUCUUUUUCCUGAAAAAGGGGAACCUGAAGAAUUAAGAGAAAAAUACAUCCGUCUGACAGAAAAGUCAAAUCCGGGAACAUUAUUUCUAAAAAGUAUUACAAAUAUUGAUGGCGUAGAAGCAAAAAGUACAUCAAGACGUCAAACAAUGCAUUCAUUUCAUACUCUCUUCUGUAGGAGAUGUUUUAAAUAUGACUGUGUUUUACAUCGUGUUGACGUUCAUCAUUUGAAACCAAAGGUAGAACACAGAAAAGGACCUUUUCUCAAACUCUUUGAUAAACCAUGUGGAGAUAAAUGUUAUCAACACUUGGAAGAAGUGAAGCAAAAGUUAAGUGAAAUACAAAUGAAGAGAGAAAGAUUACAAAUGGAAGAAAAUAAUAAACCGAGAAGAACAGUCAGCAUAGAUACUGGGUAUGAGGAUAGCAGUGAAGACAGUUUUGAUAGUCAUAAGUUCAAUGACUCUAGUAAUCAAGUAGAAGUUGAAGAUAAUAGAGACCAUGAUACUAAUUUUACAAAUAAUGGGAAUCAGGAUGAAAAUAAGGAUAAAGAAUUUCCAUUUACGUUAUUUGAUCUCGAUAAAUGCGUUACAAGUGAGCAAAAGUCUAUAUGGACAGGAUCUGAGCAAAGUUUAUUCCGUGCUCUCUACCCUGCAUUUCCUAGUAAUCCUUGUGCACUUGCGCAAAUAAUUCUUACCAAAUCAUGUAAAGAAGUUUACGAUUUUGCAUUAAAGGAAGGUCAUGAAAUUCCUUCACUUGAAAUUCCUGAGAAUAUUAUCUCUUUUCGGAAAAAAAAGAAAAAGCAAAGAAUUUGGUCAAUUCAUGGUAAAAAAAUUCAGCAAAGAAGAGAAACUGAUCCAGUUUACAUCCAUAACUAUGUACCCUGUGACCAUCCUGGUCAACAAUGUGACGAUUCAUGUCCUUGUGUAAAAGGACUUAAUUUCUGUGAAAAGUUCUGUCAAUGCAGUAUUGAAUGUCAAAAUAGAUUUCCCGGGUGUCGAUGCAAAGCUCAGUGUAAUACGAAACAAUGCCCCUGUUAUCAUGCUGUCCGUGAAUGCGAUCCCGAUCUAUGUCAGACUUGUGGUGCUGAUCAGUUUUACAUUAUGGCAAAUUCGUGUAGAAAUAUCAAUAUUCAACGAAGACUUCACAAACACCUUCUUGUGGCUCGAUCCGAUAUAGCUGGUUGGGGAAUUUUUCUUAAAGAACCAGCUUCAAAAAAUGACUUCAUAUCAGAAUAUUGUGGUGAAAUAAUCAGUCAAGAUGAAGCUGAAAGACGGGGCAAAGUUUAUGAUAAACGCAAGUGUAGCUUUCUCUUCAAUCUCAAUAAUGACUACGUCGUCGAUGCGACACGGAAGGGCAACAAAAUAAGAUUUGCUAACCACUCAAUCAAUCCUAACUGCUAUGCGAAAGUUUUGAUGGUAAACGGAGACCAUAGAAUUGGAAUUUUUGCAAACAGAAACAUUCAACCUGGAGAAGAGCUAUUUUUUGAUUAUCGAUACGGCCCAAUUCAACAGCUUAAAUUUCUCGGAAUUGAAAGAGAAUUAGAAGCGCCAUAAUGAAGAAGCGAUUGAUAUCUUGAGAAUUGAAAGCCACUUGAGCUCUACGAUAAUUCAUAUAAAAGUUUAAUUCAUGUAUCCCAGUUGAUCUUUCUAAUUUUUCGACAUAAAAUUAAGUUCUUAAAUAUAUUUAACAACUUAUUAAUAUGAAAAAUAUCUUUAACGAUAAAUCAAUUCAAGAAGUCAACAUAACUCAUCAUACAUAAUACUGAUGUCCAGCUGACAUGAAAACCAGUAGCGGACACAACAAGUGGUUCUUUUAUCAUAAAACUCUUUCAUACUUACACCAAGACCAUUAUGCCAACAAAAAGAAUUUUUCUUCUGAAAACCACUACCUUUUAUGUUACUUAAUAUCACUCAUUUUUCAAAUAAACAGUAAUCUAAGAA